AUGCAGGCCAAGCUCCUCGCCCUCCUCGUAGCCCAGGCCGCCGCCGUGGCAAUUCCCUCAGAAGAUACCGACUCUUACACCGACCUUGAAAAGGGCAUUGAAUGGCCAACCGACGUCGAAGCCCGCAACGUCAACAAUCUCUUUGGAAGAACCAACGGUUGCAACGCCGACAACUGUCUCCGCAACUUGCGUGACAAGCGAUACAGCUCGAGUGCCAGCGAGUUUUGCUCAACUUGGAUUCAGUCUACCGUUACCAACACUCAGUAUGCUAUUCAGACCGACCAUCAGACUGUGACCCAGACCCCUGACCCCGUCAUUAUCACCGAUGUCGUUGUUCAGGACAAGACUGUACCCACGGCCACUCAAACCGUCACACAAUACUACACCAAGGCCGAUCCUCGAUACAAGCGUGAGGAGGACCAUGCUGCCUAUCCUCCUUGGCUGUCCGCCUCUUAUCCCGCCUCCCGCGUGAGCAGUGCUUGCUCCUGCUUCAUCGCCACCCCCUCGCCUGCUAUUCAGCAAACCGUCACCCUCACCACUGCCACUGAGGUCGUCGUCGACACCCAAACCCUGGCUCCUGUCACCAACACAGUCACCCAGACCUCCACCCAUACUGUUAACAACGUCGCCACUCAGACCGUCAGUAUCGGCCUCACCUGUGGUCUCAGGGGCUGCGCCAAGGGCCAAAAGAUCAUUUCUCAGUUCUUCACCAGCAGCGUUGCUAGCUGCAAGAACGCAUGCAUGGCCAACAGGAACUGCGACUCGUUCGACUACAACAGCCUCAUCUCUUAUUGUAUGCUGGCUAAUGUUGAUGCUAAGAGCUUGUGGAACAGCAACAACUGCUUGUUCAACAAGAUUUAUGACCGCUACUGCCAGGUCUAA